GGGCCCCGGGGCGCUGGGGAGCCCCUCAACGGGGCGGGGCCGGGCCGGGCGCUGGGGUGCGGAAGGGCUGUUGUGUGCCUCCCCUGCACCCCGCUGCCCUCCAGUCCCCGCACACCUAGCCUUUCCCCCUUCUCCUCUUCUCCCCGGAGCUCGUCGGCAGGGCCCGAGGCGGAGCCGAGGACGCGACGCGUGCCGGGAACGUGCUGGAGCUGAGGCGGCGGUGGCGGCAGACAGAUGGAGCCCGACGGCGCGGCUGCAAAUCAGACGCAAACAGAAUCUUCACCUUCAACUCCCAACACUGUGUCACCAGUGCCAUUAAAUAAUUCAACCAGUGCUCCAAGGUUUGGAACAGUAACUCCAAAUCGCAUCUUUGUAGGUGGAAUUGAUUUUAAGACUAAUGAAAAUGACCUGAGGAAGUUUUUUGCUCAGUAUGGCUGUGUGAGAGAGGUGAAGAUAGUAAAUGACAGAGCUGGAAUAUCAAAGGGGUAUGGCUUCAUUACUUUUGAAACUCAGGAAGAUGCACAGAAGAUACUACAAGAGGCUAAAAAGCUUAGUUAUAAGGAUAAGAAGUUGAAUAUUGGUCCAGCGAUAAGAAAACAACAAAUACGGAUUCCUCGUUCUACUGUAAUACCAGAAUCUGGUACAAUGUACUUGACUACUUCAAGUGGAUAUCCUUAUAUUUACCAUAAUGGAAUGGCUUAUUUUCAUACUCCUGAAGUUGCUUCUGUUCCACAGCCAUGGCCCUCACGCUCUGUGUCCAGCUCACCUAUGAUGGUAGCUCAACCAGUUUAUCAGCCUCCUACUUAUCAUUAUCAGGCACCAACACAGUGUCUUCCAGGUCAGUGGCAGUGGUCUGUUCCACAGUCUCCUGCUUCUUCACCUUCGUUCUUUUAUGUGCACCCUUCCGAAGUCAUUUAUCAGCCAGUAGGGAUUGCCCAGGAAGGUGGUUGUGUACCUCCUCCUUUCCUUCUAGUGGAAGCUGCAGUUCCAGAGCCAUAUUCUGAUCAUGGAGUUCAAGCACCCCAUCACCAGCCUUACGCCCAGAGUGCCAUAGCCAUGCCUGCACCUGACCAAGGAGAGCAAGAUAGUAUGCAGUAAGUUAAAAGAUAAAUCUAAAGCAUGUUAGCUUUUCCUCUUCCACAUUAAUGACCACAGUAUCAUGCUUUUCCUUAGAGCAGAGUGGUUUACUCUGUUGUAAGUGACAAUGUAUUAAUUUGGUGUAGAAUGUGUAUGCAUGGUAAAGCCAUGUUUGAAAAGUUAUUGUGGCAUAGGAAAUGAGCUGCACAUUCAUACUCAUUUAUCUCAUGAUACAAUGUUUUGUAUGUUUUUUCAUAGCUGUAGCAGUAAUUUCACAUGCAGCUUAAUCUGGUAUAACCCAGGAGCUCAUUCCUUUUCCAUACCACCCAUUUCCUGUGCUCGUACAGGUUUUCAUGUGGCAAUAUGGUAAAACAGGUCAGGUAGGUAAAGAUGAAUCCCCGCUCCCAGGACAUAUAAAGCACUAAAACUUGCAUCAGUUCCUCAAACCAGUUUGUCAAGCAAUAGCGCAAACUCUUGUACUUACACUAGAAGUUUGGGAUAUGACGGAGGAGCUAAGACUUGUGUUAGCAGUGCUCAUUUAAGCAUAGAACUGCUAAUCCGAUGUAUUCCUUCAUUGUAUUUUUUUCUCAUUCUUACCUAUUUUCUCAGAAGUCUUUGUUGAGUCUAUAACUAGAACUAAGCUCUAUUCAGGUCUCAAAUAGAUUCCCAAAUACAUUUAGACCCUUACAAAGACUAGAAGAAUUCUGAUAAUUUUAUUCAUUUUAAAUUAAUGUAAAAUAAUUUCUGACAGUUAAUUUUAUUUAUUUAUAGUUUUGUUUAGUAGUUAAUAGUUCUGGAACAUAGUUCUCCAUUCGUCUUACCUUUUCACGUACCCUCUUACAGUUUUGAGUAUGUUCCAUGCAUAAUGUCUUUGAUCAGCAUAUAUUGUCUAUCACUAUGGUUGGGCACUCGAGAGUGAUUGGAAAUAAAAGAGCAAAUGUUGAGAGCAGGCUGGUAUGUAUUAAGCAAGUGUUUGUCUCAUUACCACGUGCUCCCCAGCUGCAGGAAAAUAUUGCCUGCUGGCUGCUUUCUUGUUAAAAUAUCCCAACAAACAUGUAUCUGCUGCUUGAAAAUUACGAGUAAUGACCAUGAAAGAGGGAACAGAUUUUAAAAUGUCGACAUUGUAUUGACGGUCAUUUGUUACCCCCAGUGCACUAGGAGUUGCAAUAUACGCUUUAAUAUUAUUACUACUUGGAGCUGUAAGUCAUGUGGUGAGAGCAGGAUGGGUGACAGCCAGUAUCCAGAUAUAGUACAGAUAUGCACAAAUAUAGUAGAAAGUUACAGACUAUAGUGUAUAGUCUAUGGUAAUAGCAGCAAUGUAAGUUAAGAUUGGAAUUCAUGUUGUCUGGUUUCAGACCUGGAAGUAUUACGUCAGAGUUAAAUUUUUGUUUUGGUAGAUGGCUGUCUUGAAUUAGGAAGUACUGGCAUGGUCAGUGUUUACUGGAUAUUGUCUGGGAGGCCUGGGGAGCUGUGCAUUACAGUUACAGUCUAAAAAACUGAGCAAAGGUAUAAAAGGUUGUGGCAAGUGGAGGUGGGUAGGUGAGGGUGGUUCGUUGUUUUGUUUUAUGCUUUUUGUUUUUCUUCUCAGUCAUCUUUUCCAACUGGAGUGUAACCCAUAGGGGGUAACUUUGCUGUUCCUGUGAUCUGAAUCCGAUGGAAUGGUUUGGCCAGUGUGAGAAGUAUGAGAUGAUACACCGUCUUUUCCUGCACAAGACUUCCUAGGAGGCAUUCUUGUUUAUUUGAGCUUGGACAUUUAGUCUGAGGGGAAGGAAAUCUAUCUACUAUACAUAGAUCCUUUAUGCCUGUCCUCACAGUAGACUAGUUUUAGCUGACAGUCUGAUCUUCCAUAAUCCAGUUCUUGAAAACUAAAAGUGCUAUAUACCAGAUUGGACUUAGUUUAAGCUUAACCUGUAGAAAAUGUUCUAGAAAGUCACAGAAGAGUACAAAGGUAGUAAGGUUGUUUUUUUUUUUUGGUUUUGUGUGUGUUUCUUGUUGUUUUUUUUGUUUGUUUGUUUUUGUUGUUGUUGUUUUGUUUUUUUGUUUUUUCCUGAAAACCCCACUGGCUGGGCUCUGAAGCAAGAACCAAUCAAUGAUAGAAAUAUAACUUGGCUUUCAGAUUUGUUUGCUUGGUUUUUGCCACCACUUUGUUCUCUGUUCUCCACAAUCUUUUCAAUAGCUUUAAAAUGGAAUUUUGUACUUCCCAUAAGAAAAGGCUUUCAGAAAGGUCAAAGAUUCUUCACUUAGAUACUUCCAGUCUACAGUCCGUUGGCAGUAAUUGCAUUGGCUCCAACUCAAAAGGAGAGGAGGAUCUGCCCAUGUCAAAAGAGAAUUUAGAGUAUUAAUUUGAAAUGUAGUAUUACUAGUACUCAUGUAUAUUUACAUUCUGGUGGUAAUGGCAUGUGGUGAUAACACCUUGGUCUUUUUGUAGUGGCCAUUCUGUAAAUUUAACUGAACUUAGAGUGCUCCAUUUUUCUCUGCAAUUAGGAGCAAUAAGGUAAAAUUUCUGGUUUAUGUGCAUUUAUAAUAUGUGUAAAUACACCUAUGUUUAUGUCUGUAGAUAUGUAUAUACAUACAAAUGUAUGUAUACCUAAAUCGUGUUUUUUGAAGGAAAGUCUUGGUGUAAGCAUUUUUGGAAAAGCAUAGUAAUUUUAUACUAGAACUAUGUACUUACAGCAUGAUAUGUGGAACAAAAAAAAUCAAGUUUAAUUUUCAGUAUAGGUAAGUAUUUUUUUCUUCAUUUAUACAUGUAAUGAAAUCAGGAAUAAUAAAACUUGUGUUUUAAAUUACCUAAAUCUUAGAAACAUGCAUACAAAACUUGUCCUCAUAUAUGAUUAACAGGCUUGUCACGAGCUGUAGCAUGGUCUAUUGCUCUUUAAAGGGUAUUUUAAACUCCACCAAAAACAUAUUCGUUAAUUCUUGUUAACAUAGAAAGGAGCAGAAUGGCAUGCUUUGUCUUGCACUGUUUCCUUCUGCGCUCCCUUUACAAGCUCCUCUUUUUCUGUUCUGAUAGUUUGUUCUCAUUACAGUUUAGUGGUUUCUUUUGCUUUCUCU